CCGAAUGCAAUGAUUUCUCGCGAAUUCCGUAUACUGGUAUGGGUGUUAUGCGUUCACCUAGCUGGCAUCUACCUAUUUACAAAGGGCUUCCUCCUCACCCGACUCGCACUGCCCGACAAAGGAACAUGUAGCUCAGACGCCUGCUCUUCGCUUGCUACCCACAAAAGAGCAAUCUUGCUCGUUAUAGACGCGCUCCGAUUCGAUUUCAUCGCAGAACACCCGCCAGAACCCACCUCCCCUUUCCACCACAACAUCCUGACCCUGCCACGCGAAUUGACUGCCGCUCGUCCUGGAUCAUCAUUUAUAUUUAACGCGUACUCAGAUCCACCGACGACGACUCUUCAGCGACUCAAAGGCCUUACCACAGGCUCCCUACCCACCUUUGUAGAUGCUGGGGAAAACUUUGGAGGCUCUUCCAUUCACGAAGAUUCUAUAAUACAUCAGCUAAGCGCUGCGGGCAGAAAGAUUGCUCUCGCCGGGGAUGACACAUGGCUCACACUUUUUCCAGAUGCCUUUCAACCAAACAUGACAUUUGCCUUUGACUCCUUCAAUGUCGAAGACCUUCACACCGUGGACGAGGGCGUCAUCGAUAAUUUAUUACCCUUGAUGCGACAUCAUAAAAACUCGUGGGAUUUUGCCAUCGGUCAUGGUUUAGGCGUCGACCACGCUGGUCACAGAGUCGGGCCAGACCAUCCCAUCCUCAGAGAAAAACUGGAGCAGAUGAAUGAUUUUUUGCGCGAUGUCGUUGCAGCCAUGGACGAUGAUACGCUCCUAAUAAUGCUCGGCGAUCACGGAAUGGAUCGGAUGGGUAACCACGGUGGUGACAGCGUCCUAGAGACAAUGUCAGCUCUCUGGAUAUACAGCAAGAUCCCUCUUUCGCUUCCCGAAUACCCAAUUCAAGAGGCCAUUCUACCGAUGAUCACAUUCCCAGAAGCCUCAGUUCCGCAUCGCCAUGUCCAGCAGAUAGACCUGGUGCCAACUAUCUCCUUACUCCUAGGUCUUCCCAUCCCAUUCAAUAACCUUGGGAGCAUCAUCCCAGAACUUUUCAAUCGAGGCGAUUCAUCUUUGCAGAAUGCCAUGGAACUAAACGCAGCUCAGAUUAGGCGCUUUCUCGACGCUUAUCGAUCUAGUUUGUCUGGACAGGAGCUUGACGCUGCCUGGCAUGAUUUCUCCGUCGCCUGGGCUGGCACACAUGCGAUAGACGGGAAUAACCAUCUCGUUGCAUUAAAUAACUUCACUCGUUUGGCACUAUCCGCUUGCCGUGUUCUCUGGGCUCAGUUCAACCUUUUUCUGAUGGGCGCUGGAUUGGCGGUCAUUGGUUUGAGCAUUGUCGCUUGCUGGGCAUUGUACUCCAAACUCCGAGAUGUUGGGGAUGACGAGUGGGAAAAGUGGGUGGACGACAAAAUCUUUUGGUCGUUCAGCGCCUCCGCUGGAGGAUCUGCCCUAGGGUUCCUAACGCACCUUAUGUUGCAUGAAUAUUUGGAUGGUGUCGCCAUGCACCAAACCAUGCUCUUCGCUGCAGCCAUUUCAUCAUCGUUCAUCAUGGUAGUUGCAACUCGCCCCACGGUCACCUUGAAAGCUAUCACGGCACUCCCCAUCUUCCUCGUUCUCCACACCUUGUGUCUCGCAUCAAACUCAUUCACAGUAUGGGAGGAUCGCAUCGUGCCCUUCUUUCUCAUCUCAUCCAUCGUUCCCUCAGUCAUCACAGGUUUCACCGCUCCAACCUCCCAGCUGCGCUACCGUAUACUGGGCUUUUCUGCUCUCUUUGCAGUAUGCGCCCGACUCAUGGCUAUGAGCACCGUCUGCAGGGAGGAACAACACCCCUACUGCACCGUCACUUUUUACGCGUCCGAGUCAUCAUCAGCCCCACCAACCACAUCACUCCUCCUCGCCUUCCCUAUUGCAAUCGCAGUUCCCCGCGUCGUCAGUCGCGUACUCAAAAUCUCCAAAUCGGACUCGGGUCUCGCUGCAACAUUUAUUCCUCUGUUUCUCGCACCAUCUUUGAUCGCUGGCACGAUGUUCUGGAUGCUCGAAUGGGCAGACUCUGCGCAAAUCCUGGGGUAUAUGGGUGAUAGCUUAAGGGUGACGAGGACGGUCUUGGCGAGGACUAGUGCUGUUGUAAUGUUGAUCGGGGGUGUUUCGGCGUGGUGGACGUCGCCUGUCUGCCUUGCUAUUUCGACAAGCCAAAGCCCGUCGAGUUCUGCAUCUACUGCACAAGAAAAGACUGAAGUAACCGUGCUAGGCUUCGCCAACGCCUUCGGUUCUCCAUACCUCAUUUUCUGGCUCAUCUUUUUAAGUAUCGUCUGGUUGAUGACCCAGCUCUCAGGACAGAUCAUCAUCGGGCUCUCCUCCAUUGCGCUACUAUCCUACCUAGAGAUUAUUGACAGCGUUCGGGACGUCCACAGCUUAAACGCAGCCUUCACCACCCCACCACCUCCCCCAAACCUAGCCAACAAUAACAUAAACCGCGAGCUCCUAUUCUCCGACAUCGUACCCCUAGCGCUCCUAGCGACGCACACAUAUUACAGCACAGGCCACCAAUCGACCUUUUCGUCCUUGCAGUGGAAAAGCGCGUUCGUGUUUGGAAAGACGCUUUCUUUCCCUCUUUCGCAUGUUUCUGUGGCUGUUAAUACGUUUGGGUCGUUUUUGCUUUUAGCGCUUGCGGUGCCUUUGGUCGUAUUGUGGAACCUCCCUCCUGUCCCGCAUCCCCGCCCCACAAUAGGAGCAUCAGCGCUUAGAGCUGCACUAGCGAUGUCCUUGUAUUUCGCGGUGUUGGCGUUCGGGGCAGCGGUGUGUGGGGCGGUGUUGAGGAGGCAUUUGAUGGUGUGGAAGAUAUUUGCGCCUAGGUAUUUGGGUGCUGUUUUUGAGCUUUGCGUGGUUGAUUUUGGGGUGUUGGUUGGGGUGGGUGUUGGUGUUGGGAGGGUUGAGAAGGAGAUUAGGAGGGUUUUUGGGAGGGUUGGGUGAGGUCGUGUCUGUGGAUUAUGCGUGCUAGGUGCAACAAGUCAGCAAUCUCAUUCACGAUAGCCAUUUGUAUUGAUCAGGGAGCACACGCAUACACAUUCACGACCCGGAAUAUGUUUUUCUGACGUACAAAGUGUACGAAGUUCCUUCAUGCUGAAGGAGACUGCUCGUCUCCAUAUUCUCGGGCAACACGGUGGUCAGUGCAGUCAGGAAUUCCAAGGCUGCCAGGCUUGCAUUUCCCAACUGCAUUAGCCACUUUUACAGGGCUAUCGAGGAAACAUCGUCACUAAUGUCGACUAACGGGUUUCUUGUAGUUGAUGCACAAUUUAUCUGCCAUUGCAAAACCUUACUUUUGCCACGUUCUGUCAGC